UGGAAGAGUUUUAGUGGCAGUUGAAGUGGAGGUGUGGUGCUUGGACACUAAGGCGAACAGAGAAGAGGGAGAAGUGCGAAAUCAGCAUGGCUGCAGGUCCCGAAAACGUCCCUCCUUUCAUCGCUUCUCAGCUCAGUCACCUCCUCUCCCACUUCCGUCUCACUCUCAAGGUCGAACAAAUGUGGUCCGCUGACAAAUACAACUCCGCCCCUCUCGAUCGCUUCACCCUCCUCAUCCCCUAUUGCCUCGACAUCAUCAAGUGGGACGUUAUAUACAACGCCGAUUCGCCCAACGCUGCCCCCGACGUUAUCUUCGGCCCAGAAGACGACGAUUUCCACCCCUUUCACAUGUACCCCUCUGCGCAGCCCAAUAACUGUCUCUCCGAUUGGAGCUAUAAAGACCCCACGCGCCUCUUGACCCUCAUUCAAUUCCUCAGGGAUCAGUAUGUGCUGUACCAGAGGAAGCGUGUUGGAGAAGUCGACGAUGACCGCUUGAAAUUCGAAAUCAGCACUAUCAUUUCCAGGGAGGGAAUAGAAAUGCAUAUGAGUUCUGGUGCUGAGAAGUUAGAGGAGGUUAAAUUUGCUGUGCCCCUUCUGGACAUGAACAUAAACAAGAUGGUGUCUUGCUGUCCAUGGAGACAUCCCCAGAAGAUAUACUUACAGGUUGUAUAUCCUGUUGGAAGAAAAUAUAUGUCAGCACCUUCAGCUCCUACUCUGAAGUUAGUAUCUUCUCCUGAGCUGAAAGCCCUAUAUUCCACUGAUGAUGUCAAGCUACCUCCUUGGUUGGAUGGGAUGUGUUUGGCAGAAUAUCUUCCAAAUCUGGAAGAAUAUCUUGGGAAACAGGUCUUAGAGGCUGUUUCAUUGAUUGAAGUUAGAAGGAACUUCAUUGAAGCCUUAGCCUGUCCAUUUGGAAGGCCAGUUGAAGCUGAUCCUGUCUUUUGCAGGAAGGCAACUUUUCUUUCAGCAUCUGGAGUUUUCACAUUCCUGGUACACUUCCUGAUUCCAAUUCAAUUUCCAAAGCAACAGCCAACUAUUAUGCUUCAAAGUUCACAGCAUUUUAAUUCUCAAAUGGCACCUAUGAAGUCACGGCUAAUAUCUGAUUAUCCAUGGAGUCCGAGAUGGGAACCAUUACAGAUGGCUGAGCGUAUUUGUGAGUUUCUGGCAGAUGAGGCCUUGAACUUCAAGAGGCAAUGCAGUGAGGGUCAAGUUCAGUAGUAACAUGGCCUGAGCAUGCAUGAUCAGCUCAAUCCCAAUGUCAUGGCAAUUUCUAAAGCUGUUCAUUGAAAAAUGUCUUCUUGUUCUUAUUGGUCAAUGCAAUUCUUUUUGGAUUUUGUUUAAAUGAAUUGCCGUCUGAAUUUUUCUUGUAUUUCUGCCAUUGUCAAACUUUUUGUACUGACAAAUUACUAGGAUGAGUUGGUGUAUUAUCAAACAGGCAUAUCAACAUGGAAAAGGGAAAGGGUAUUUUAGUUAGUUAUUUUUA